AUGCGCGCGAGAGUAGCUACCAAGCGCGGCGUCAAGGUCUCGGCAACCGCCGCACCGCGCCGCUCUGCGCGUCUCCAUGCAGCCAAGUCCCAUAGAGCGUCUAACGGGAUAUGCGCUGUCACGCCGGACGUUUCUGCGCGAUCUUCAGGAGCCUCACAGCCUGCGAAACGAGCGCCACAAACAGCAAACGAAUGGCCAGCGGGUACGCUGUCACGCGCGUUUGAGACGCGCUACGCAGCCAGAGGCCACACAGUCGUUAUUGGGGUCGAUGAGGCUGGACGAGGACCACUGGCAGGUCCUGUCGUAGCGGAUGCGUGUCACGUGCCGCUCGACGUGACGAUCGCCGGUGUGGAUGACAGCAAGAAGCUCAUCGAGUGCCGGCGCGAGGAGCUCUUUGAGCUCCUGACGACUCAUCCGCGCGUCACGUACGCUGUGCACGUCAACAGCGCGCAGCGGAUCGACGAGGUUAACAUUCUGCAGGCGUCACUCGAGUCCAUGGCCAAGUCGGCGCAUGACGUCGCGGAGCGGCUGCAGCAGAUGGACCGUACGUUUGUCCUCGUGGACGGCAACAAACUGCCACCGACGCUACAACUUUCUGCUGAGACGGUGGUCAAAGGCGACGCGAAGGUCUACAGCAUUGCAGCGGCCUCGAUCAUUGCCAAAGUCACGCGAGAUCGGCUCAUGCGCGCGUAUGACCAGCAGUAUCCGCAAUACGGACUGGCGCAGCACAAGGGGUACCCGACAAGAGCUCACGUUGCUGCCAUUGCCAGGCACGGACCGUGUGCGAUUCAUCGCAUGACGUUUGCGCCGUUGAAGUCGAGAGUGAGUUGCAAGCAGGAGGCAAAGGACGAGUCUGCGAUACACCACGAGGGCAGACGAACGACGCCGACGACGACGACGACGCCGACGACGACGCCGACGACAACAGCAGUGCCGACUGUUCUUGCUGCAGUCGAAGGAUAG